AUGGAUGAUGCCACGUACACUACCCAGUUCAUGGACAAGCCUCCGAUGCAUAGUAAUAUUGACGUUGAUGCUACAGAUUUAACUGCGGCAGAUGAGCUUCCUAUGCGAGUGACUUGUUGGGAUGAAUCCUCUGAGGGUAGACCAAUUUGCAUUAGGAAAUAUUUACCAGCUAGUUCAGCUAUUAAAGAGAUUGUGAUUGCAUCCUGGAUGAGCAAUCAUAAGAAUGUUCUGAAGCUCUUAGGAUGCUGCUUGGAGACAGAAAUCCCCAUUCUAGUGUUCGAUUUUGCAAAAAUUAAGGGAACUUUGGGCCGUAGUCUUUAUGGUUCCUACAAACCAGAGUGGCAGCCUCUACCAUGGAAAUGCAGGUUAAAGGUUGCAGUGGAGGUAGCAAAUGCAGUUGCAUACCUGCACACUGCCCUUCCCACACCCAUCAUCCACAGGGACAUUAAGCCUGAGAACAUUUUUCUGGAUCAAAGUAAUUUUGCCAAAUUGUAUGAUUUCUCUCUUUGCAUACCCAUUCCUGAAGGCGAAACACAAGUAGCAGUUGGUGAUGUCUCUGGAACGUUUGGAUUCCUUGCACCAGAGAACAUUACUACCUAUUGUUUGACCGAGAAAGCUGAUGUUUAUUCUUUUGGUAUGCUUCUGCUGGUGCUUUUGACUGGACAAAGGUACUUCUGGCGCCAAUUUGAUCUGAAUGAAGCUGAUCUUGUUGAAUUAUCCAACGCCACAAAGUAUUUUGUUGAGAACAACAGGUUGAGUGAGAUUGUGGAUCCUGUAGUAUUGAAAGAGGUAGCUGGAAGGCCUGGGAUGGAGCAGCAGUUGAAGGAUUUUGCAACAGUUGUCCUGAGGUGCAUCAAUUUAACAGUAGAAGAUAGGCCAACAAUGAUUGAUGCAGCAAAACAACUUAUGCAGAUUGAACAGUCUACUCCAGCCCAGUAA